AACAGAUUCUUAGACUCUGCACGUAAAGAUGACCCCAUGUUCCGAGUUCAUCAUGGCUUCACCCUCAAGCGGCCUCACUGCCAGGAGAGGUGCUGGCUCAAAGCUGAAGUCCACGAAGCUGCUUGAGGUUCUGCAUGCCCUGGAGGAGGAAGAGUCUGGCCGCAGCAAGGAGGUCUUCAUUGCACCGCCCGACAAUGCUGCAGGUGACUUCACUGAUGAGGACUCCGGUGAUGAAGAUGGCCGGCAAGGGGCCCACCUUCCUGGCACUGUGCUGCAUGCCUCCGUUGUGCCUGAGGACUCCAGCACUGGGGAGGAGGAUGAUGACCUGCAGCUGCAGCCAGCCACAAAGAGGUGGAAAGCAGUAGAGGAACCUCAGCGUGUUUGGACCAAAAGAGAUAUCCAACCAGACUUCAGCAGUUGGACAGCGUCAGAUCCUCAUAUGGAGGAUCUCAAAAGCCAAGAACUGAGUCCUGUAGGCCUCUUUGAAUUGUUUUUUGAUGAAGGAACAAUUAAUUUCAUUGUUAAUGAAAGCAAUCGUUACGCUUGGCAGAAAAACGUCAACCUGGGUCUCACAGCCCAGGAAUUGAAGUGUGUUUUGGGCAUUUUGAUUUUAAGUGGGUAUAUCUCCUAUCCACGGAGAAGGAUGUUUUGGGAAACAUCUCCUGAUUCACAUCAUCAUCUUGUGGCUGAUGCAAUUAGAAGGGACAGGUUUGAACUGAUCUUCUCAUACCUGCAUUUUGCAGAUAACAACAAGCUGGAUGAAAGUGAUAGGUUUGCCAAGGUCAGGCCUCUCAUUGUCCGGAUGAACUGCAAUUUCCAGAAGCACGCACCCUUGGAAGAGUGCUACAGCUUUGGUGAGUCCAUGUGUGAGUACUUUGGACACCGGGGGUCCAAGCAGCUGCCUGUGGGGAAGGCUUUGCGCCUGGGCUAUAAGAUCUGGUGUGGUACGACCAGCAGGGGAUAUUUGGUGUGGUUCGAGCCCUCGCAGGGCACGCUGUUCACUAAGCCAGACAGGGGCCUGGACCUAGGAGGCAGUAUGGUGGUAAAAUUUGUGGAUGCGCUUCAGGAGCGCGGCUGUCUGCCGUACCACAUAUUUUUUGACAAGGUUUUUACAAGUGUCAAACUGAUGUCCAUUUUGAGGAAAAAGGGGGUGAAGGCCACAGGAACUGUUUGUGAGUACAGGACUGAGCAGUGUCCCCUCAAAGAUCCCAAAGAACUGAAGAAAAUGAAGAGGGGUUCAUUUGAUUACAAAGUUGACGAGAGAGAGGAGAUCAUUGUGUGCCGCUGGCAUGAUAGCAGUGUGGUCAGCAUCUGCUCCAAUGCCGUAGGCAUAGAGCCGGUGGGGCUGGCCAGUCAUCACUCAGGAGCUGCCAAAACGCGGACCCAGGUCCAUCAGCCAUCCCUGGUGAGACUAUACCAGGAGAAGGUAGGGGGUGUUGGCCGGAUGGACCAGAACAUCGCGAAGUACAAGGUGAAGAUUCGCGGCAUGAAGUGGUACUCGAGCUUCAUUGGCUACGUCAUCGACGCUGCCAUUAACAACGCAUGGCAGCUGCACAGGAUCUGCUGCCACGAUGCCCAGGUGGACCUUCUGGCCUUCCGGAGGUAUGUGGCCUGUGUGUACCUGGAGAGCAAUGCUGACACGUCGUCCCAAGGGAGGCGAAGUAGGCGGCUGGAAACCGAGAGUCGCUUUGACAUGAUUGGGCACUGGAUCAUCCACCAAGACAAGAGGACUCGGUGUGCCCUCUGCCACUCACAAACCAACACCCGCUGUGAGAAGUGCCAGAAGGGCGUCCACGCCAAGUGCUUCAGGGAGUACCACAUCCGGUGAUACCCAAUGGACAGAGUGAGCUCUGUGGAUGUUUGGUUUAUAAUGAGAUGUUCUAAUUACAUAUAGUAGUUGGAGCACUGGAGUUUUGUUCGUGUUGGAAAAAAGAAACCUGAAGCCCUGAUGAUUUGGUUUUGUAUUUUCUCCCCACCUCCAUUACAGUUAUCUUUUUAUUGUCUUCUUUUAUGACAAAUUAAUAUGUUAGUAUUUAUAUUAGUAAUGGUAACUAUUUGUAAAUCUAUGUUUUAUUCCGUUAUUUAUUUCAACUUAUGGGCACCUUUUUAUUCAAAUAAAAAUCUUGCUUUGGGUUAUAGCUGAGUCCUAGUAAGGAUAAUGAAAUGUAACCAGAAACUUUAGAGAAACUUUCAUGAACAGUAAAAAGGUUUUACAGUUGUAUUUUAUCAAUUAUAAUCUAAGAUAUAGGCAAUAGUAUAUAAAUAUUGUGUCAGUAUGAUGAAGGAUAUCUUAAUCAUUUAUUUCACUUUAAUCCAAUGCUAGCAAAUUGUCCAGGGAUAGAUAACCUGCCUUGUGUUUAUCCAGACAACUAGAUUUGUAGAGUUUGUAUUUUCUUGAUAAAAAUAUUUUCUUAAU